CAAACACAAGAAUAUAUUAAAUCUACAAUUGAAAAUUAUACAAAAUAUUAUACGAUCAGUUUUGAUAAUUUUACUGCUACAACACCAAUAUUUGGAGAUUUGAAAAUGUCAAAUAUUAUUUUUGAUUUUACUCCUUCUUCUGAUUUGGAAAGUGAAAAUAGAAAGAGAAUUGUUCUUGCUUGUCAUUAUGAAAGUAAAUAUUUCAAAGGAAAUACUUUUGUUGGAGCAACUGAUUCUGUAGUUCCAUUGGCCAUGAUUUUAAAUUUUAUGUAUUAUUUGGAAUUUUGGAUUUAUAUUUCAAUAGUUGUUUUAUUUGAUGGAGAGGAAGCUUUUGAAAAUUGGAGUAAUGAUGAUUCCUUAUAUGGAGCUAGACAUUUGGCUAAUUUAUGGUCCUCUCAAAACAAAUUAUCAUCCAUUAAAUAUUUAAUGCUCUUAGAUUUAAUUGGAACUGCUGAUGUCAAAUUUAAGAAUUUCUAUAUUCACAAGAGUGGAGGAACAAGUUCUCUAUUUUCAAGAAUGACCACCAUCGAAAAAACUAAAUAUGGAUCUGCAAAGUUUUUCAAUGAUGGUAUCUCAUAUUCUGGAAUUGAUGAUGACCACAGACCAUUUAUGGAGAAGGGUGUGCCAAUUAUUCACUUGAUUAGUGAACCAUUCCCGUCUGUUUGGCACACUUUGAGAGAUGAUUUUGAUCAUUUGGAUUGGAAAUCUAAUGAAAGAAUUUAUGAUGUAAUUGCUUCGUUCUUGAAAGAGCAACUUAUU